AUGGGGGUUCGGAGUCCGUGGGGGCCUGCUGGCCUCCCUCACAGUCACAGGCGUGCGCCCCCGCGGGGCACCCUCCAGCUGCGGCUCUCCGCCUUCGUGGCCGUGGUUUUUCUCCUCCUCCUGGGGGUCAGCGUGCUCCACCUGCCGGACUCCUCGUCCGAGCCCGAGGAGGGGGAGACCCCCCCUGUGACGCUCCUCAUAUGGACCCGUCCGUUCGGGGAGGACCACCAGCUCCCGGACUGCCUGCAGCUGUUUCAGGUCGUAGGGUGCGCGCUCACUGACGACGCGAGCGCGUACCUCCAGGCGGACGCCGUGCUCGUUCACCACCGGGAGGUGUCCACCGGAGCCGCGGGACUCCCGCCGGAGCCGCGUCCAGGAGCGCAGAAGUGGAUCUGGAUGAACUACGAGUCCCCCACGCACAGCCCCGGACUGUGGCGCCUCGGGGGGCUCUUCAACCUCACGCUGAGCUACCGCGCCGACUCCGACAUCUUCCUGCCCUACGGAUACUUGGUCUCCCGUGCGCGCACGGACACGAGCGCGCUCCCGCUGUCCUCCCCCCAGAUCCCACGGAGCCUCUUCGUGGCCUGGGUCGUCAGCAACUGGUCGGAGAGCCACGCGCGCGUGUCCUUCUACCACCAGCUGAGCAGGUACGUCCGGGUGGACGUGUUCGGGCGCGCGGGGCGGCCGUUACCGAGCGGCGAGGAUCACGUGGUGCGGCUGCUGGAGCGGUACCAGUUCUACCUGGCCCUGGAGAACUCGCAGCACACGGACUACAUCACGGAGAAGCUGUGGAACGCGGUCCGUGCCGGCGCGGUGCCGGUGGUCCUGGGUCCGUCCAGGAAGAACUACGAGCGCUUCCUGCCGCGCGAGGCGUUCAUCCACGUGGACGACUUCCUCUCGGUGAGGGAGCUGGCCCGGUACCUGCUGCUGCUGCGGAGCGACCCGGUCCGGAUGAGGGGGCACCUGGACUGGAGGAGCAGCUACAGCCUCCACCAGCCGGACUUCUGGUCCGAGCACUACUGCCGCGCGUGCAGGGUGGUGAGGAGGACCAGAGGACAGACUGCUGUGGUGCGACACCUGGACCGGUGGUUCGAUUCCUGACGGUUAUCUCAAACUGACAAGAAACAGAAGGAAGACACAACUUCCAAAAAACAAACAUCUUACAUCUGCUGACGUGACGUCACUGCAUAGCUUGUGGGGCGGUGAGAAGGACCAGGGAGAAAUCGUUAGUGGUGACACCUGCCAUGGUUAAAAACAUGAAACGAUAAAGAAAGUGGA